AUGAACGAUGUGGUUAGUUUGGGGGUAGGUUCCGUUGCAGGAGCUGCGGUCUCGGCGCUCCUGGAAGUCGUGAUUGAAAUGGCUAAGAUGGUGGCUGCGUUCAAAGAGAAGUAUAUGGAACUCUCAUCGACGUUGGAGGAUCUGCGUCCGGUAAUCGAAGAUAUCGAAAGGUUACAAGGUGCUGGAGAACUAAAGAAAUUCAUGGAUAUAAUCAAUGAAGCUGGUGUACUGGUUGGGAAGAGUUCAAAAGUCAAGCGGUGGAAUCUACCUGCAAGACUUAAAUAUACAAGAAGAAUAGACGACAUCAACCAGAGGAUGCAAAAUUUCUGUAAGAUUAAAGUGCAGCUUAUUAUACUUCGGAACCAACAUGUGAUUAUGAGUCAACUGUUUGUGCCUUAUUCCUCGUCGCCUCCCAAGCCGUCUCACAGGCCGUCUGACAUGCUGCCCGUGAAUACGAUGAAAGCCUUACAGAGUCAUCUCCAAAGGAUCAAUAAGAAACUCGAUGUUUUGAGUGUUUCUCCGCCUGUUUAUAUGGAUCUUUGUUCGGUCCCAAAGCUUGAUAAGGUUCUCGUUGGUUUGGAUUUGCCAUUGUUAGACGUAAAGAAGAUGCUCCUUAAUGAUGAUGAUCCCGUGGUUAGCCUCGUGGUCUCUGCUCCUCCCGGGUGCGGGAAAACCACAUUGGUUACUCAGCUUUGCCAAGAUGGAGAGAUCGAAGAAAAGUUCGAGUAUAUCUUCUUUUGCGAUGUGUCAAAGGUUCCUACCUUCAGGACCAUAGUACAGACUUUACUACAGCACAACGGUUACGAAGCACCAACAUUUGAGGACGAUGCUCAAGCAGUUGAUGGCUUAAGAAUGCUACUUGAGGAACUUAAAGAAGAGGGUCCUAUAUUGUUGGUGCUGGAUGAUGUGUGCCAAGGAGCAGAAUCCUUGCUUCAGAAAUUUCAGGUUAACAUACUGGAUUUCAAGAUUCUGGUGACUUCUCGGUUUGAGUUUCCGAGUUUCGGUCCCACUUAUCAUUUGAAACCUUUGGGAUAUGAAGAUGCUAAGUCACUUCUCAUUGAGCGGGCAUCUCCACGUUAUUACAGCAUAGCACUAAAGCAUGAAGAUCUUAUACAAAAGAUUUUGAAACGUUGCUAUAGAAUUCCACUCUUGAUUGAAGUAAUCGGCGUUCAGCUAAUAAGAAAAUUUGUAAAUUGGGCCAGACGCGAAGUGAAAAGCUGGUCUGAAGAGGAAACAAUUCUUGAUAGUCCUCAACCUACUGUGUUAGAAUGUCUGCAGCCUAUCUUGAAUGUCUUGGAUCCCCAUCUGAAAGACUGUUUCUUGGACAUUGGCUCAUUUCUUACACAAGGAGAGAUACGUGCUUCCUGUAUAAUUGACAUAUGGAUGGAAUUAUUCGGUAAAGGUAGUACCGUGUAUGUGAAGGACCUCAAUGAGCUGGCUUUGCAUAAUCUUCUUAAAAUUGUUCCUCUAGGGAUAUAUGACCACGAAAACAUCAGUGUUGGUUGUUGUUACAGGGAUUCGUUCAUCACUGACAAUCUGCUUAAACUUAUUCCUCUCUGGAAACAGAAUUACGAAGACGAUUUCUACAAUGAAUUCUUAGUCACUCAGCAUAGUAUUCUGAGAGACUUGGCUAUCUGCCAAAGCAAAUCUGAGGAACAUCAUGAAAGAAAAAGGCUCAAUCUGGAGAUAAGAGAGGAUACAUUUCCAGAUUGGUGUUUGGAUCUAAGACAGCCUAUAAGUGCUUCCCUUUUGUCUAUCUCUACGGAUGAUUUGUUCUCUUCGACUUGGGUUGAAAUAGAUUGCCCCAAUGUUGAGGCUUUAGUUCUCAAUCUCUCCUCAUCAAGCUAUGCAUUACCAAACUUCAUUGCUACAAUGAAGAAACUGAAGGUUGUGAUAAUCAUAAAUCACGGUCUUGGUCCUGCAAAGUUGACCAACUUGUCGUGCCUCAGCUUGUUACCCAACCUAAAACGGAUCACAUUUGAGAAAAUUUCAAUCAAUUUGCUGGACAUUCUCCUAUCAGGACUCGGCAGUCUCGAGACGCUAUCUUUGUUCAUGUGCAGUUUCAGUGAGGCUUCCUACAACAUAGAUGAAGAGAUAGCUAUCCGUGAAGCUCUACCAAGUUUACAGGAGAUUUACAUAGAUCAUUGCUAUGAUCUUGUUGAAUUGCCGGAUUGGGUCUCUGAGGUUGUUUCAUUGAAGAAACUUAGCAUCGUAAACUGUGGGAAGCUCUCUCUACUUCCAAAGGCUAUAGGUAACUUGAGUAAUCUUGAAGUUCUGAGGUUGAGUUCUUGCAUUAAUCUCAUUGAGCUGCCUGAAUCGACUGAGAGGCUCAGCGAAUUACGGCUUUUGGAUAUUUCUGAUUGCUUGGCAUUGAAAAAGUUGCCUUUAGAGAUUGGGAAGUUGCAGAAGUUAGAUAAAAUCUUUAUGAGGAUGUGUUCGGGAUGCGAAUUAUCGGUUUCAGUGAUGAAUCUAGAUAAUUUGAAGGUAUAUUGUGAUGAAGAGACUGGACUGUUGUGGAAAAGGUUGGAGCCAGAAAUGAGGGAUUUGAUCGUCAUUGAGGAAUAUAGCAGUUUAACUGAAGAACAUGCCAUGUUGUCCAACGACUAAGGAAGGGAGAAAAAAGAGUGAGAAGCUGAACCAGUGAAAGACUCAACCUGUCGAUUAUCCUAUAUAGUUGUAUGAAUAAGUGCGCAUGUGAAAGUGCAUGGGUAUGUUUCUUAUAACCAUGACUUUUUUGGGUUAUGUUUUUCUAUGUUUGAUUUUUCAGUUUCCAGAACUUACAAACGUUUACGUUCAAUUAUGCAAGAUUUUGAUUUAUGUUUGUGUGUGUGUGUCUUAAUAAAUGAUAAGUUUCACA